AUGUUGCCGCAACAUACUCAUGUCUGGACUGGUAACCAAGCCGUUGAUGUUGCGGGGCAGGCAUUUUCUGGGUUCCUUCAAAAUGUAAUCCACGAACCAGGAUAUGACGGGUCUCGAGUCACUGAAGGUCACGGUCAAGGCCAAAUUCAGGGCCUAUCCGUCCUGGACCUGAGUGCCCACAACAAUCUUGAUCUCACUGAUGUUGACUUCAGCUUACUGGAUUACUGGAACAUUGACUUGCUGGGUGACGGGUUUCAGCAAUCGCAGACCUUUACGCCGAGCCCCGAAGACUCGAUAGAUCUUGUACAGAUGCGCAAGAAUCUCGUGCAAGCAUGGACGGAAUCGCCAUGGCGAUGGAGCCUGUUGCGUGUCAAUGCUGGCUACGGAGAGCAGUCUAAUCUGCCCGUGCCUUCCCCUGAUGUGACAGGGGCCCUACGCGAGAGUCGCAAGAAUUUGGGCGAGACGGUGGUGACUGACCGUCUGGACGGAGCCGCACGAGAUGGGGUGCUGGCUAUUGUCCUGAAGACGUGUAAGACCAGCGAGAUGAUGGCACGCGUAGCGUCCUCGUUCCCUUCAGCCGAAGUCAUGGACAGCUUGAUCCAUAUUUUCCUCGCUUCGCACUUUUGCCAAACCUCGCAGUGGAUUCAUCAGGCAACUUUCGACAUGAAGGCUAUGCCUGCAGACUGGCAUGCCAUGGCGGCGGCCUCUGGCGCAGUGCUGACACCUGUGCCAACCCUUCGAAGAUGGGGGUUCGCUGUGCAGGAGGCUGUACGUGUCACGAUUCCGGAAAAGUUCGAAUCAGUCAACACUACGAUCAAGGACGUUGGCUUGGUUCAAUCUCUGUCCCUCGUACAGGAUGUUGCCUUGUGGUCAGGGAACCGAAGAAAGAUGGAAAUCGCCGAGUGCCAUAUCGGUAUUCCUGCAAAUAUGAUGCGAUAUCGCAACAAAUAUCAGCGUACGAUGUAUCCCCUGAUUGAACUUGACGAAUCCGACGGCGGCGAGCUGCUUGAACAGAAGUGGCGGUCAUGGUGCGAACGCGAGUCAUGGAAGAGGCUUGCUUUUCACUGCUUCAUCCGGGAUGCGAGGACCUCCAUGGCUACGCUUGGCAGCCCAGGCAUGUCAUAUGCUGAGAUGACACUGCCACUGCCUGAAGCGAAAGAGCUCUGGUUUGCCAAGACGGCCUUGGACUGGCAACAUCAUCACCACGAGCUGGCCGCUGGCUACACAAAGCGGGCGCCAUCAGUCGGCGAUCUGUUACGAGACCCUGGCCUACUCACGUCCAACCGUCGUCGCUUAGACGCGCAAGCGGCGGCUUCCAUUUUUCUCAACGGCUACUGGUCUCUGAUUAAUGAAUACCAAAGGCUCUCCUCGGUGCAGCGAUUCCGGCCGUGGCUGACGAGGACAGGAGGGACGAGCGAGCAAUUAUUGAGAACCCGACACGAGGAACUAUGCAGAGGACUGGAUAAGUUCCAGGCGAUUGUGUCAGACUGGCAUGAGCUUUCAUGCCAGGAGCACCUCAUGCUGCACCUCUUGCUGAUGAAUUUACACCUGUCCCUGAAUGAUUUGCAGCUCUUCUCCGGCAAGGAGGGCGAAGAACAGGCGCGACGGGUGCUGGCGAACCUCCGGGAAUGGGCGGACAGCGUCCACGGCAGACAGGCUGUUUGGCAAGCAGGACAGGUGCUGCGACAGGCCAAGCUGUUUCCACUGGGGCACCUCAAGGACUUCUACGCUGUGGCGAUCCAUCACGCAGCCCUGGCGCUCUGGACGUAUGGCGUCGUCACCAAGACAGCAGGCAGGCCAGGGGCAUCGUCAUCUCAGUUGGGUCAGGAGGCGGUUUACCUGGACGGAACGAUAUCAGGCGUCGUGACAGAGUUCGUCCACUUUGGACACGGCAAACCGGUGAUCCAAGAACCCAUUCGAUCGACUGGGACGCGCGAGGCGGCGGUAGAGGACCCCAAAGGCUGCAUGGAAGUCGUGCAGGAGACUCUGCGGUCCAACUUCAGGGGCAGCCAGGAGAUGCGGCCGCCCAUCAUCGAGAACAUGUGUCUGGUAAUGAAGCAGCUGGGCGAUGCUGCAUGGGCGGUUGGCUUAGGCUGA